UGGACAGGCAAGGAAGGGAAUCGCAUCCCAUCCAACAGCACUAGUGUUGCAGCCACUCAAAAGGAUCCAAUUGGCAAUGAGAAUCAGAAUUGGCCGGGUUACGAGGACGAGCCGAAUCCGGCAGCUCCUCGAAAAUUCCAUUCAACUCAUCAGACUCUUGGAUGCAGGCUUUCAAAUACGCUUCACUGUUCAGCUAUGGCUGGGCCGCUCCUCAGGACAGGUCCCCCAUUAUGUUUAUAUACAGCAUCAUGAAUGA